CUGAGCUUCCGGGGUCUGUAGCUGGAGCGCCGGAGGAAGAGCAGGAUCAGCUGAACUACAGAAGAAAUUAAAAUAUUAUAGGAUUUCUCCUGAAAUCUAUGAAAGAGGUGAAACACAAGCCAUCCUGAGGAAUCUCCUGAACACGCAGAAAUUGUUUGAUACAUUUAACAGACAGAGGAACAGAGGAAAGACUCGACAUGGAGGAACAUCACCACUCUGUCAAGAGUUUUACUAAACAGAGUAAUCUCAAAAAAAAACAGCGCAUUCACACAGGAGAGAAACCGUAUCACUGCUCAGACUGUGGGAAGAGCUUUAAUCAACAGAGUACUCUCAAAAUACACCAGCGCAUUCACACAGGAGAGAAACUGUAUCAGUGCUCAGCCUGUAGGAACAGUUUUAAUCAACAGAGUCAUCUCAAAAAACACCAGCGCAUUCACACAGGAGAGAAACCGUAUUACUGCUCAGACUGUGGAAAGAGUUUUACUCAACAGAGUCAUCUCAAAAAACACCAGCGCAUUCACACAGGAGAGAAACCAUAUUGCUGCUUAGACUGUGGAAAGACUUUUACUGAAAAGAGUGCUCUCAAAAAACACCAGCACAUUCACACAGGAGAGAAACCGUAUCACUGCUCAGACUGUGGGAAGAGUUUUACUCAACAGAGUCAUCUCAAAAAACACCAGCGCAUUCACACAGGAGAGAAACCGUAUUGCUGCUCAGACUGUGGGAAGAGAUUUACUCAACAGAGUAAUCUCCGAAAACACCAGCACAUUCACACAGGAGAGAAACCGUAUUGCUGCUCAGACUGUGGGAAGAGAUUUACUCAACAGAGUAAUCUCCGAAAACAUCAGCGUAUUCACACAGGAGAGAAACCGUAUCACUGCUUAGACUGUGGGAAGAGAUUUACUGCAGAGAGUCAUCUCAAAAUUCACCAGCGCAUUCACACUGGAGAGAAACCGUAUUGCUGCUCGGACUGUGGAAAGAGUUUUACUGAACAGAGUACUCUCAAAAAACACCAGCGCAUUCACACAGGAGAGAAACCGUAUCACUGCUUAGACUGUGGGAAGAGAUUUACUGCAGAGAGUCAUCUCAAAAUUCACCAGCGCAUUCACACUGGAGAGAAACCGUAUUACUGCUCAGACUGUGGGAAGAGUUUUACUGAACAGAGUAGUCUCAAAAAUCACCAGCGCAUUCACACAGGAGAGAAACCGUAUUACUGCUCAGACUGUGGGAAGAGUUUUACUGAACAGAGUACUCUCAAAAAACACCAGCGCAUUCACACAGGAGAGAAACCUUAUUACUGCUCAGACUGUGGGAAGAGUUUUACUGAACAGGGGGCUCUCAAAAAACACCAGCGCAUUCACACAGGAGAGAAACCUUAUUACUGCUCAGACUGUGGGAAGAGUUUUACUGACCAGGGUAAUCUCAAAAAACACCAGCGCAUUCACACAGAAGAGAAAACUCCAUCCAUGCAAUUAAAAGUGCAAAUCGUAAAUCUUUCAGACAGAACACCUUAUCCUACACAAAUGUUUCACUUUGUCACUUGGGACACGUUCCACCAGAAACAAACAUGAACUGAAUUUAACAAUGGAUUUUACAGAUUCAGCAAAAUGAAUCUUAUCCAGCGAUCAUGUUUAUUUAAUUCCAUGUUAUGUUUUCUUAUAUGUUCGAUAUUCCAGGACAUUCUUUGUGAGACAGAGCUGAGUUUUUAGGGUAGUUACGGUAGGAGUUCAGUUCUGAAGAAUGGAAAAAACUUAGUCUUUAAAAUUUAGAUGUCAUAGUGAUUAGGAUUCUUAGCUGGCAACUAAAUGUUUAGGACCAAACCUUCCUAGCUUAUGAUUUUAAUGCUUUUAAUCCCCUUUCUAGUAUAUGCAGAUUUGAUUAUUUCUAUUAAUUAAAGUAUCUCUGUUUUCACUCUGUGGAAGCCGUACUCAGUUCCCCGGGCUUAGCAUAGCUUAGCUUAAUGCUCCAGAGGAACUCCAGAGAGUGCUCCCAAAAGUGAGACCCAGAGCCACAGAGAGAGACGACACUGUGUCGGGUACUGCUGUGUGGACCGGAGGAGCAUCCAGACUCUGCAGAGAAGCCAACAAAAUCCUUUCCAGAGGUUAAAUAAAAUUUGUCUAUGGUUCAGUCCGAUUAAAAAUCUGUUCCCAUAGAGGGAUAUUUGGUUGUUGUAUUACUCAAGUUUUAUGCUCUCUUAUCUUUUCCUUAUUGAAUAUUAUAUGUUUUUAAUCUCCAAAAUUUACUAAGAAUAUCCAAAUCAUGUAGUUUCUUAAUUGUUUUUAUCCACUACAAACUAUUAUCUUUGUAUUGCUUCACCUCUAUAUUUACUCAUCUGUUUGUUUUAAUAAACGGCUUUUAGAUUGCA